AUGGCGUCGCCCGGGAGCUCCCAGCCCUGCUGGGGCCCUGCUCGCUACUGCCUGGUGAGCCGCAUCCCGGCCGAGCUCCGCUCCGCCCAGCUCCGCUCCUACUUCAGCCAGUUCGCCGAGGCCGGCGGCUUCCUCUGCUUCCACUACCGGCACCGGCCCGAGCGCAGCGGGCCCCCGGGGCAGGGCCCGGGCCCGGCCACUUGCUGCUGCCUGGUAGCGGUGCGGCCCGGCCAGGCCCGGCGGCUGGUCCGCAUGUACUCGGGCAAGCGCUGGCUGGAUGCCCAGGGCGACGGGCUGCCCGGCCGCUGCGUGAUCCGCAGGGUCCGAGUCUCCCCGGACACAGGUUUGGGCAUGUUCCAGUAUAAAACUAAAAAGGAGCUUCAUAAUAAGACCCAGAGUGAAAUGUUUACCCAGGCAGACUUAAAGUGGCUGCCUGAACUGAACCCCCCUGUGUUUAUGCCCCAUGGGAAUGUGGGAACUCCUCUGAGAGUCUUCCUGGAGCUGAUCAAGGCCUGCAGGCUGCCUCCCCGAGUUAUUAAGAAACUGCAGCUACGAUUCCCCAAGACAGGAUCCUCUCGCAGGUAUGGGAAUGUGCCCUUUAAAUAUCGGGACACUGAGACUGUUGAACAAGAAGACCUGGUUUAUACAGACACGGGGGAGGAGAUCACAAUGGAAAAGGGACCCCUGGCAAGAACUGGGAUGACUCAAACUAGUGAUGAGGAAGACUGGGAAGGACCAGGAAAGGAGGAAGCAGAAGAGUCUCACUCAGAUGAUGAUGAUGAUAGGUGCGAGGAGUGGGAACGACAUGAGGCUCUGCAUGAGGAUGUAACCAAUCAGGAACGCGCAGAGGAGCGGCUGUAUGAAGAGGAGAUUGAGCUGAAGUGGGAGAAGGGAGGCUCUGGGCUGGUCUUCUACACAGAUGCUCAGUACUGGCAGGAAGAGCAAGGAGACUUUGACGAACAGACGGCAGAUGACUGGGAUGUGGACAUGAGUAUCUACUACGACAAAGACGGAGGUGAUAAGGAUGCCCGCGAUGCAGUACAGAUGCGCUUGGAACAGAGACUCCGGGAUGGUUUGGAGGAUGGGUCUGUUUCAGGGCAACAGAUUGGGACCUUUGAGAAAUAUACCAAGGGUAUUGGCAGGAAGGUGUUGGAGAGGCAGGGCUGGAUGGAGGGGCGAGGUCUGGGGAGCAGCAACUCUGGAAUGGCUGAAGCGUUGGACAAUGAGGGUCAGCAUCCCAAGUGCAAGAGAGGAUUGGGGUACCAUGGAGAGAAACUGCAGACUUUCAGCAAGCCGAAAAAACCUCGCCGGGAUGGCCCCAUCCUCAUCUCCACAAUCUACGAUGAGCCCCAGCCUGUAGACAGUGGGGACCAGCUACUCCGGCGCCAGCUGCCCACUGCCAUGAAGUACAGACAGGACAUGGCAUUUGUCCGAGCGACUCAGAGUGUUCACCAGAGGCCCGGUGCCUCAUGAGAGUUGCUGCUGAACAGAGACUUUGGGACUCAUUCAUUAGAGCAAUAGCAGAACCUUUAUAUUAGAACAGCCUCUUCUGUGCUCCUUUGUUACCUGGAGGCUGACUUCUCCUGCUCUCUGAUCCUAAGCAAAAUGUUAAUAUAUUUUCUGGACUC